AUGGAGGCACUUGACGAGAUUCAAUGGAAGUCUCCCGAAUUCAUCCAGGAACGGGGUCUCAACACUCAAAAUGUGCUCGAGUAUUUUUCACUUUCGCCAUUUUACGACCGUACUUCAAACAACCAAGUGCUCAUGAUGCAGUUCCAGUAUCAGCAAAUUCAAAUCCCGCACAAUGUCUCGUUUCACCAAUACUUCCAGUCGCGACUAGCAGAAAUGACCGGUGUCGAAUUCAUCAUUGCCUAUGUGAGAGAGCCCGAUUUCUGGGUUGUUCGAAAACAGCGAAGGUACAACCCCAACAGCACGAGAGCGAUCCAGGAUUACUAUAUAGUUGGCGCCAACGUCUACCAAGCACCCAAGAUCUUUGACGUGCUCCUGUCGCGGAUCCUCGCGAGCGUGUUGGCGUUGAAGAGAUCGGCAAAGACAUUGAAUGAAAUGACCAGCUACCACAUCUCCGACGGCGGGCAUUCCUUUAACAACUCGGUGCAUGGCAAGGACAGAACCGCCGCCGCCACGACUGCGGGUCUGGGCCACUCCAACACGGAAACCCCGAUUCUGUUGGGGGAUACGCCAAUCGUCGAGAGCACAGCGGGAUUGGUGCCAAACACGUUGCACCCUCAAAGCGGGAUCUCCAGCGGUGCUUUCGAUGCCCUUCUCACUGAAGUGACUAACGAAACCUCGGAUGAGAUCUAUUUGGAUGAUAUACCACUUUAUGGUCCAGGAAGCACUGUUGAGCUUCUCGGGGUGCAAACUAACAACACAUGA